GGUCCAUCGGUCCGUCCGGCUGCAUCUCCUCUGUUGCUAGGUGAGCACACCCGUGACGCUACACGUCCCCCGAGGCGCUCCUCACUCCACCCCACACCACCAGCAGCAGCGCCGCCCGCUUCGCCAGUUUCGCACAACCCCAACCACCGCCGGCCCGCCAGGCCCCAGAUCUGGUACGUGCCGCCCCUCGAUUUGGCGCGCGCGAUCCGGCCUCGUGCCGGAGAUAUGCCAGGCUCGAGCUCAAAUCUGGGAGAGUCCACCGAGCCGAGAUCCUAGUCGCGAAUCGCGCGGGCGCAGCGAUGCAGGCGCGGGUGGCGUCCAUGGAGGACGUGAAGGAGGCGCGGCAGGCGGCGGCGGCGGGGCAGGGGAGGUUGCUGCCCACGGGGAUGCUCAAGGUGUUCCUGGGCUUCCUGCUGCUGGGCGUGGGGCUGUCCGCCGCCGCCAUGUACAUGGCGCGGCACGCCGUGGCGGCGGCCGCGCCCGCGCUGUUUCGGCCGUGCCUGGGGUCCUCCGCCGCGGAGGAGGAGCCCGAGGGGCUGGAGCGGUGGACGCGCCCCCCGGCGCGCGUGGAGCACGCGAUGACGGACGAGGAGCUGCUCUGGCGCGCGUCGUUCGCGCCGCGGGUGCGCGGGUACCCCUUCCGCCGCGUGCCCAAGGUGGCCUUCAUGUUUCUCACGCGAGGCCCGUUGCCCCUGGCGCCGCUCUGGGAGCGCUUCUUCCGUGGGCACGAGGGGCGCUACUCCAUUUACGUGCACGCCUUGCCAUCCUACCACGCCAAUUUCACCUCCGAAUCCGUCUUCUACCGUCGCCAAAUCCCCAGUAAGGUUGCAGAAUGGGGUCAGAUGACCAUGUGUGAUGCUGAGAGACGUCUACUUGCCAACGCUUUGCUGGAUUUAUCCAACGAGUGGUUUGUGCUAGUGUCUGAGUCCUGCAUUCCUAUAUUUGAUUUCAACACAACAUAUGAAUACUUCCAGAAUUCAAACCGAAGCUUUCUCAUGGCGUUUGAUGACCCUGGACCAUAUGGACGGGGCAGAUACAACUGGAACAUGACCCCUGAGGUUGAACUUGACCAGUGGCGCAAAGGUUCUCAAUGGUUUGAAGUAGACAGAGAACUUGCUAUUGCAAUAGUCAAAGAUACGGUCUAUUACCCAAAAUUCAAGGAGUUCUGCAGGCCCCACUGUUACGUUGACGAGCACUAUUUCCCUACAAUGCUGACAAUUGAAGCUCCGGAUAGCCUGGCUAACAGAAGUGUUACUUGGGUGGAUUGGUCGAGAGGUGGUGCACAUCCAGCCACGUUUGGCAGGGGCGAUAUCACGGAGGAAUUCCUGAGGAGAGUCCGAGAGGGGCGGACCUGUCUAUACAAUAACCAGAACUCAACAAUGUGCUUCUUGUUUGCGCGGAAGUUUUCUCCAAGUGCAUUGGAGCCAUUGUUAGAGCUAGCGCCCACUGUGCUCGGUUUUGGUUGAUGACUUGAUGUAUGCUUGAAGAGGUGUUGCCUGUAAUUUUGAUAUUAGAUCAGUGUAGGAUUACAGCGUGGAGACAUGGGCUUAGAUUGAUGGAUGUAAACACGCACGGUGCCCGCAUCCACUGAUUAUUAUACACAAACCUGUAUUGUUCUGUACAGUAAACUGACAAUGGAUCACAAGGGCUUUUCUCUCUAGGAUUGUUCUUACUACCCCGCAUUUUCUUGGUUUAUUGGAAGAUAAUGUACUGUGAAAUUUUUGGAGAAAAUACUUAAUGGAACGAUGUAGGGCAGUGGGAGUGAA